UGGAGGGUUCAUGAGGAGCGGACAGCUGGAGUAUCGGUUUGUCAGCUGACGACGUGGGAUUCCUGGCAACUGUUCCGUGGAGAGGACUCAGAAUUCUUCAUCGGAAUCAGCACGGCGCCCAACGCAAGACAUCAGCAACACAAACACAGAGGAGAGUUUACAGCAUCCAGCUCGAUGUCCAUGAACGGUGAAAUGUCCAGAGAAUUUCCUCCAGUCUUCAGUCAUGAACCUGGACCCUCAGUCACAAAACGUCAGGAACACAAACACAGAGGACAGUUUCCAGGUUCCAGCUCAAUAUCCACGAACAGUGACGCAUCCAAAGAAUUCCCCCCAGGCUUCAAUCAUGAGUCUCGACUCUCAGUCUCAAAAUGUCAGCAACACAAACACAGUGGACAGUUUCCAGGAUCCAGCUCGAUGUCCACGAACAGUGAUGCAUCCAAAGAAUUCCCUCCAGGCUUCAGUCAUGAAUCUCAACCUUCAGUCACAAAAUGUCAGCAACACAAACACAGUGGACAGUUUCCAGGAUCCAGCUCGAUGUCCACGAACAGUGAUGCAUCCAAAGAAUUCCCUCCAGGCUUCAAUCAUGAAUCUCGACCUUCAGCCACAAGUUUUCACAGAAAGAAGAGGAGCAAUAAUGUUUUUGUAGAGAAACCGGUGUCCUGCUGUUUGUUGUGUCAGGAUGUCCUGAAGGAUUCAACAAAAGACUUCAGUCCCCAGUGUGGAGAAAAAUCCAGAACCAGAGCCAACACAUGUCUGCAAAAGGUUUUAAAUGAGUUAAAGCUCACUCUGCGGAAAAGAUAUGAACAUGUGAUUGAAGAAACUGAAAAAACAGGAAGCAGAGCCCUCCUUAGAAUGAUCUACACUGAGCUCUACAUCACAGAGGAGCCAAGUGAAGCAAUGAACUACCACCAUGAGGUGAGGCAGGUGCAGAGCGCUUCCAAGAAGAAAAUCCUCCAUGAAACACCAAUCAGAUCUCAGGACAUCUUUAAAACCUUACCUGACCAACAGAGACCCAUCAGAGUGGUUCUGACAUAUGGUGUUGCUGGUGUUGGAAAAACCUUCUUGGUGCAGAAGUUCACUCUGGACUGGGCAGAGGGCUUAGAAAACCAGGACAUCAGUGCGGUGAUUCUGCUUUCAUUCAGGGAGCUGAACUUGGUCAGGAAUCAGCAGUACAGUCUUCUGGAGCUACUUAUUUUUUUUCAUCCAACAUUGCACAGGGUCACAGCAGAGAAGCUCAUUGUUUGUAAACUUUUGUUCAUCUUAGAUGGCCUGGAUGAAAGCAGAUUUUUGUUGGAUUUCACCAACAGUAAACUAGUGUCUGAUGUCACACAGAAGUCAACCAUCAGUGAGCUGCUGUCAAAUCUCAUCGAGGGGAAUCUGCUUCCCUCUGCUCUCAUCUGGAUAACUUCCAGACCUGCAGCAGUCCAUCAGAUUGCUCCUACAUGUCUUGACAGGAUGACAGAAGUUCGAGGCUUCACUGACGCUCAGAAGGAGGAGUACUUCAGGAGGAGAUUCCGAAAUAAAGAGCUGUCAAGCAGAAUCAUCUCUCACUUGAAGACAUCCAGGAGCCUUUACAUUAUGUGUGGAAUUCCAGUUUACUGCUGGAUCACUGCUACAGUUCUGGAGCACAUGUUGACUACAGAGGAGAGCGCAGAGCUGCCCAAGACCCUGACUGACAUGUACUCACACUUCCUGCUGGUUCAGACAAAGAAAAAGCAAAAGUACCAUGAAGGACAAGAGAUGAGACGAAUAGAGCUCACCAGAACUGACAGGGAAGUUCUUCUGAAGUUGGGGAGGCUAGCAUUUGAACAUCUGCAGAAAAAGAACAUCCUGUUCUACCAAGAAGACUUGGAGCAGUGUGGUCUGGAUGUCACAGAGGCCUCUGUGUACUCUGGAGUUUGUACAGAGAUCUUCAAAAGAGAGUCUGUGAUCUUCCAGAAACCAGUCUACUGCUUUGUUCAUUUGAGCAUUCAGGAGUUUCUGGCUGCAAUCUACAUGUUCCACUGUUACACCAACAGGAAGACAGAGGUGCUGCAGGAGUUCUUUACUGAGGAUGAUAAAGGAAAUAAGAUAUCUCUGGAAGAUAUCUCAUCUCUGGAAGAUUUUCUGAGUAGAGCUGUGGAAGAAUACUUGCUUAUUCCGAAUAGCCACCUGGAACUGUUUGUUCGCUUCCUUAAUGGUCUCUCUAUGAAAUCAAACCAGAGACUCUUAGGAGGUCUGUUGGAAUAA